ACCAGUUCGCCGAUAGCGACUGGAAGUGUGUAGUCUUCAACUUGAAUAGUGCGUCAAGUUAAGAAGAUUUCGCAGUGAGUGAAGAAUUGUAUAGUUAGUUUUCCAGCAAACACGGAUUUUGGAUUUUUUCGACCACUUCUUUAGAGUUUUCCAGUUUUCGGAUCAACAGUGGUGGCUAUUUUACGACGUCAUUGACAAGAUUUGUUACUUUCGAGCGACUACUUCGUACCGCCUUGGUAUUUCUGAUAGGUACUGAAAAAUGCCACCCGUGAGAUGGAAACUGUCAGCAGUUACGAUCGUGUGUUGUCUGCAAGUGUUGCUGCAUGCAGAGGCUCAAUUUAGACACGAACAAAUCUCAGCAGAUGGUUGGAGACCAAUUGUUGGAACUCGAAAACCUCAUUUUUACACUAGUUCACCUAGUGAUUUCUACAAGUACGAUGUUUAUUCUACGCCACCCCCGUCCUAUGCAUCACCUACACCUACACCGGGACCCUCAAGAAAACCACAUUUUCGGGGAUCACCUAAGCCACAUUAUGCCUCAGGACGAAAAAUUCCACAUCAGAAGCACUAUCAUCCCGAUCCUUACUUUGCUCUACCUUCCCAUGGUAAUCAUGGUCCUCACAUCCCAAUCGGUGCGGUAGUUCACACUCGGCCCGGCCAGAUUGGACACAUUAAACCUCAUGCAACCACAAGCAAGCCUUUUAUUCAAAUAUCGUCGACAACAAGUAAACGGAACAUAAAACCGAUGCGAAUUCAAACAUCAACAAGUGGCUACAGAGACGAAAUAUUUACGGCAUCUGCAACAUCAGGUGCCUACAAUCACUACAAACAUGGUCCAAGUAACAUUCGAACCAGAGAAACCAUCGAUUUGGGAUUACCAGGAAGCAAUAACCACUACUCCAUCAAUCAACCACAUGCUCAUAUCGAAUUUAACCGUUUCUCGUUAACGCCAACCAGCGAAAGUGUGUUUGAACAAUAUAACACCCCUUCAAUACCACCCUAUAUUUUCGGAAAAAACCCUCAAAGCAACGAUCUUGAUUACCAAAUUCAGACACACAAUAAUGACUUUUCUAGAAACGUGCUACCGGCUCCUCAAAUCUACAAAAAUAAAGACUACAUUACGAGGGACAGACCUAACGUGCAAGAAAAUGUGGUGUUACAGGUACCGCCUCCGAUCCAGUAUACGCAGCAGAAUAUCAACGAGCCGCCCCCAGUGCAAGUACACGUCACUAAAGAAAAAUUACACGAGUUUCACAAUAAUAUUCCCCCGAACUACCAUGGGCAAUACAUAGAGUUCGAUUUUUCAAAAGUAAGGAAACCGACAGAGGCGCCUAAACCAAUCUAUGAAGUUACGGAAAGCCAGGUCUGGCAGGAACCUUCGUCAAAACGUCCCGUGCGUACAAGAAAACCCAGUCAGCCGAAGAGACGUCCAGAAACAAUCAACGACGAAGCACCCGUAUUCCUGCCGACGCCUUACAAACCUGAAAAACCGAGUGUAGAACCAACAUCUCCUACUCAAAGCGAAGUGUCGACAAUUUUCUCGAAGUUGUCAAAAGUGCAAAGAGAGAAAGGAUUUGCAACACCCGAUCCAUUUGGUUUCAGUAUUAAAGAAGUAUCCACUCAUUACCCCGUCUUUGGGAGACCCGUUUUUGGUCAGUUACAAUCUUCCAAAGAGAUUUCUAACGAAAUCACCACCUUUCACGAAGAUGUUGAAACAACAACCAGAGAACCACAACGAAUUCGGCCGCAGAAAAGACGAAGACCGGAUAGACGUACCACAACAACUACCACGACAGAAGAACCAGAAUUUGUGUAUGCUGUAAAUCAGGUUCACGAGGAUGAAUACUCUCAGCCGGUAGAAACUGAAAGGCCGGUUAGGACAAAAAGACCUAUUCGACCCCGUACGACUACUCCUAGUAGCGAAGAAACUGUCAAAAUUAAUAGAGGAAGAAAUCGCUUUAGGCACAGAAACCCAGAGAAUUACGAAUCAACAAAAAUAAGACAAAGACCUUCCAGAUUGGAAACGGCAACUCAGUUUUCAGAGCACAAGUCUGAAGAAUAUCAUCGAGAAUCGUCACAAUCGUCGUCUUUUGAGAAUGAUGAAGCUGCUUCCGAAAAAAGUGAAGAAAUUGAAGAAUCACCUAAAUCUGAAAAUACUGAGUUAGAUUUACCGGAACACCACUAUAGCGGUAAACCAGGAGAUUCAGAUCACCAUGAAACUAUAAAACCUUUCAUUAUUUUAACAACAACUGAAAAAGUACCAACGACCAAUCUCGUUAUCCCUGAAAGUGAAUACGACGAUAUUACUACCGUUCCUAAUAUUGAAGAUAUAAGUACAACAACCACAGCAGCACCUACUACGACAUCUUCAAAUCCGCAUCGGAUUAAGGGACGACCUCUUAAAUUUGAUAAUUCGAACCGACCUAGAUUCAGUGUUAAAGAUUACAGACAAAAAUACAAUUUGCAAAGUUCGACAUCAGCACCCCAAGUUCAUAGAUCUACGGAAAGUCCCAGAAUUAGACUCCCUAGUCGACUGAGGCGACCUUUAGCGACCACUGCGGCUACAAUUGAAGAAGAAAAUACAGAGACGAUCAGACCUAAAUUUAUGCCCAAGGAUCCUAGACACGCUGGUACAACAGAAACUCCUAACAUCAUCACAGAAAAGAACGUUAAAAGUAUAAACACGAGGCUACGGCCUUUUGGACGAUAUAAAUCGACCACUACUUCAACAACGACGACGACAGCAACACCAAGAGUGGCUAUCAAAUCGAAUCUCUUCAAUCGGAAACGACCUCCGAUGCUAUCUUUAAGAAACAAGAUAUUGAAUAAACAGUACAAGAAUAAUGCAGAAACAACAACUGAGAAAAGUACCACGACUGAAGAAAACGAGGUGACUGAUAGUACCGUAGAUUAUGGACAUGAAAUAGAAGUGGAUUCUACUACUGAAUCUAACUGGAAAGUUGUUAGGUCAACUGAAGAUUACGAUGAUGCUGAGGCAACGACGACAAUCGAUCUUUCGAAGAUUGAUCCAUAUUUCUACUCGCAGAGAGUUUCUGAUUUGACUUCUUCGGCGAAAAAUGAUUAUAAUACUCCUGGGUUGUUCAAAUCUGUGGCUCCAACGAGUCGAAGAAUACCGAACUAUUUUACUAUAUCUACAGAUGACCCGAUCUUACCAAUAGAGGCUUUCUUCUCAAAUAUAAAAGACAAAACACGGGAUAAGGAUCCUUAAAGAAAAACUCGACAAGUGUUCUACCGUAUUCAUUUCACUGAAAAUGGACAUCACGAGACCUACAAGAUGGCGGCUUAAUGGUUUCUGGCGUGAUACGAAAAAUGUCUGUAACUCUUAGAAAACAUGACCUGUAUUAUUUAUUAUACCUAAGACGGUCGGCGUAAAGAAGCUGUUAAAAUUUCUUCAGGUAAAUCUGUCAUUUACUACC